UGAUGGGGACCCAGGAAGCUGCCGAGGUCGCCCCCCAACCAGCCAGCAUCGCGUCGCAGCGGGGCCUGGUGGAAGGACCCGACUUGCAGCAUUUCCAGCGGCGCUUCUUCACGCCCUCCGAGGUGGCCCAGCACAACCAGCUGCAAGACCUCUGGGUGUCCUACCUGGGCUCCGUGUACGACCUCACGCCACUGGUAGAGGCCUACAAGGGAGAUCUGCUGCUGAAGCCCAUCGUGGAAGUGGCAGGGCAGGACAUUAGCCACUGGUUUGACCCCAAGUCUGGAGACAUUCUCAAACAUAUAGACCCUCUCACCGGCAUCCGGAGGUACCGAACCCCACGGGGUCGGUUCGUGCACAUCCCACCGCAGCUUCCCCGGUCGGACUGGGCCAAUGAUUUCGGAGAGCCCUGGUGGCAGGGUUCAAAAUACAAGGUGGGGCAGCUGUCGACCAAGACCCGCAACAUUCGCAUCAUUAACACCCUCACUUCGCAGGAGCAGGUACUGGAGGUGGGAUCCCUGGAAUCAGUGUGGGAAAUUCUGCACCGCUAUCUCCCCUAUAAUGCACACGCUGCCAGUUACACCUGGAAAUAUGAAGGCAAGAACCUGAACAUGGACAGUACCCUGGAAGAAAAUGGGAUCCGAGAUGAGGAGGAAGAAUUUGACUAUCUCAAAAUGGAUGGCUCUCUGUACACACCUGCGUUAUUGCUCUACUUCAACGAUGACCUCACAGAACUAUAGGACAGGACACGUACAUGUCAUAUAAAUCACGACCUAUUUCUGCGCCUUGUAGCAAAAUAUGGCAAUGAAGGUGGGGCGCUCUUGGACUCG